GUCUCUUCUCCUUUCUCUUAACUCUUUUAAAGCUUGUCGCCAUUGCUCCUCCACUUGACGUUGAGGGUAUAUACACAUUGUCUAUGUGACAUAGGUAGUGAACUAUAGAUCAAGGAACAUAGUUUUGUGAUUGUUGGUGCUGCUUUUUGUUGUGUUGUGUGAUGUUUGGCUGUGAUGGUGAUUCAGCAACCAGAGGGAAAAUGAGUUCAACGACGAGUGAGAGUGGUGCUGGGAAGGAUCAGAAGGCAUUGGAAGGAGGGGAUUCUGGAGGUGGGUCUCUGAAGAAGGGGCCAUGGACCUCGGCAGAGGAUGCAAUACUGGUUGAAUAUGUGAAAAAACAUGGAGAGGGGAAUUGGAAUGCAGUGCAGAAGCAUUCGGGGCUUUUUCGCUGUGGGAAGAGCUGUAGGCUUCGGUGGGCUAAUCAUCUCAGGCCUAAUCUAAAGAAGGGUGCUUUUACUGCGGAUGAGGAGCAGAUCAUAAUUGAGCUUCAUGCCAAGCUCGGCAACAAGUGGGCGCGCAUGGCUGCUCAGCUGCCUGGGCGUACUGAUAACGAGAUUAAAAAUUAUUGGAACACCCGGAUCAAGCGGAGGCAGAGACAGGGGUUACCUCUGUACCCACCGGAUCUACACCUGCAGCAACAAUCUAAUGAUAAUCAACAGAAUCAGCAGUCUGUCAAUGGUGGAGAUUUAUCCCAUCAUCAUCAUCAUCAUCAUGAGUUUCUGUCUAGCUCCUCCAAGCUGGAUAUUCCAAAUGUCACCUUUGAUAGUCUCAAGCCUGGCCAGCAUUCAUUGGCAUACUCUUCGUUUCCUGCAUUGACAGAGGCUUCCAUGAGUUCUAUACUGAAUCAAGCCAUGGGAUCAUCACAGAGCUACAGUUUGAUGAACCCAAUCCAGCGUGCAAAGAGGUUGAGAGAAGCUGAGAACCUGAUGUCCUUCGGUGCAGGUGUAGGGGUAGGCGGAAGCGGUAUGUUCUCUUUUACCCAGCUGGAUGACAACAGCAAGAGUAUUGUGGAGCCAUGCUUCAAAGCUGCAAGGCGGCCAUAUGGUCAGCCUGGUAGACUGGAUGGGUUUGUGGCACACAACUUUUCAUUUGAUCCUGAUCCAAGCAAUAAGAAUCCCAGUCAUAGCCCAUUGCCCUUUGGGGGUUUGAUGACGGGAAGCCACACCCUUCUGAAUGACAAUUUCUCUGCUUCUACAUCCUUAUCAGGUGUGAAGUUGGAGCUCCCUUCAAGCCAAUAUGCGGAGUCUGUACAUACCACAGGCACGCCCCUUGAGAUGGUGAACUGUAGUAGUAAUAACUCGUUCACACUCUCUCCUCCUGCUCCAUCCACCCAUGUGGAUUGCUUUGCUCCUCAGAACAACGGAUUGUUAGAAGCAUUGCUGCCUCGUACAAUGGGUGGCGGUGGGGUUAAGCGGUCUUCAGAAACAAAUACUCAAUUGCCACCAAUUUCUUGUAGCAGUAACCAAACAAAUCGUGUUGUGGCAAGUAAGUCUGAGGCAGAAUGUGAAUACAGUGAUCCCAUCACUCCUCUGGGUGGUUGUGCGGCAUCAGUAUUUAGUGAAAGUACACCCCCUUUGAGCACCGGUCCCUGGGAUGAGUCUUCAUCUACUCAAUCAGCAAUUGGGGCAAACAUAAAGACUGAAGAACCCACUGAAUUUAUGUCUAGUGGUAACUGUGGAGACGAUGAAUUUUCUACUCUAUUGAAUCUUGCAAAGCCAGAUGUUUCUCCUGUCUCUGAUUGGUAUGAUUCCCAUGCCGAAGCUGGAAAGGAACAAUCUACAGUGAGUGAUGCUCUCGCCACUUUGUUCAAUGAUGAUUUUUGUGCUGAUAUUCAACAGCUGACCUCAGCACCCUGUACAUCGAAUCAAGCUUGGGGGCUUGGAUCCUGCCACUGGAAUAAUAUGCCUGGUGUCAUGCAAAUGGCAGAUCUUCCUUAGAAUUGAAAUCAUGUUAUCAACUGCGGAACAGGGUCUUGAGAUACUGUCUAUGCAUCAAGAUUAUUAUAAAGACCAGCUAGAUUCUAUGUCUUUGUAUGGUAUUUGUUAGCAAGUUGCUAUGAUUGCAGGCUAACUGACCUACAAAUAUUUUUACAUUAAGGAGCAUAUUGGAGGUCAAGAGAAUGAUUUCCAGAAUUAUGGAUAUUUAUAAUUUCUUCAAAUGACAUCCAUCUAUUAUGUGUGGGCUAAGCCAGAUUUCGGUGGAAGAGAUAAAGCUUAAGGUUGAAUUAGAUUAGUGAGUUAGUGUGAUAGUAUAGGAGUCAGAUCAAGCUCAUGGAAAUGCAUAGUUGGUAGUUGCUAUAAAAGUCUUAUCAUAUACGAUACCAAUCCACCAUAAACUUUUUAUUAUCUGUUGGUCCUUGCAUAAAGUGCUCUCAUCGCUUUUGUAAUGAUUCUUUAGAUUUUACUAUGCAAUCUGGAAGGGUCAUAUGCUGUCUGAACAUUAUAUCAGAAAAUGUAGCGUUGGAUGUUGGUGUGGUAGUUUUACCUUUUCCUUUCAGUUUCGCCAUAUCCACUUGCUUCAAAUGACCUGCACAGCAAUUGUUGUGGGAUGUUUUAUGAUAUUGUUGGAAAUGUCAAGUUGUUUUUUUGGCUUUUGAGUUUUUAAA